CUCGUGUUUUACGACGUUCUACAAUCUGCUGCAACACAGGAAAAAAAAAGUGAGGGAGCGACUUUAGAGAGUGGUGCGAACCAGUUCAAACAUACGGCCAUUGUUGUAUGGGCUAGCCAUAUAUAUGUGCUGUGUCUGCACUGCAGUUUUGUUGGUGUGAAAGUUUAACCUCGCGUCAUUUUUGUAGAAAACCUGAUAUUUACAUACUUUUUUUUGCCAUGUCCGAGGAAAUUGAAGGAACAAGGCCCGCCACCGAUGAGGCAACCCACAAGGAACAGCAGGAGAUUGAUGAUAACGUCAUCAGUCCAGAGAAGGCAGAGGAGGUGAAACUGAAGGCCAGGUACCCUCAUCUUGGAGCCAAGCCUGGAGGCUCUGACCUGCUCCGGAAACGCCUUCAGAAAGGGCAAAAGUUCUUUGACUCUGGGGACUACAACAUGGCCAAGGCUAAGGUGAAGAACAAGCAGCAGCUCCCUGCAGUGACGCCGGCUGAGAAGGCAGAGAUAACCGGGGACCACAUCCCCACACCCCAGGACAUCCCCCAGAGGAAGCCCUCUAUCGUGGCUAGCAAACUGGCUGGCUGAGUGGGUUGAUGGAACUAGGAACUUUGGAACUGUUUUGUUCUGUUACCAUUCCAUCGCUCGCUCUUGUUCUCUCUCCGAGCCGGUCUCAAUUAGUUCCCUAUGUCUACCGCUUGGCACUAACCCUUCAAUGCAUGCAUAUUUUGCUGGCCCUUCCACCAUAUUCCUCACAUUUGUUCAAACAUUGAAGAGGUAGGGGGGUCCAAGGGGAAUGUAGGGGGGUCCAAGGGGAAUGUAGGGGGGCCUUUGGGAAGGGUUAGGGAGCCACGGAGUUGGGAGCCGUGGGAGAGGGAGCCAAGCAUAGGGGUGUGGCCAAGGGGAAGGGGUAGGGAGCCAAUUACCUCUACUAGGACACUGUCUUCUGCCCCAUUUUCUUUCAUUCUUGCACCUUCUACAUAAAGUGCAUUCAGGAAGUAUUCAGACCACUUCCCCCUUUUCCACAUUUUGUUACAUUACAGCCUUAUUCUAAAAUGGAUACAAUAAAACAAAAUGUCCUCAUCAAUCUACACACAAUACCCAUAAUGAAAUCACAAUACCCCAUAAUGACAUCACAAUACCCCAUAAUGACAGAGGGGAAACAGGUUUAUAGAACUUUUUGCAAAUGUAUAAAAAUAAAUUCCUUAUUUACAUAAGUAAUGAGACUCAACUAAGCUCAGGUGCAUCCUGUUUCCAUAUUUCCAUUGAUCAUCCUUGAGAUGUUUCUACAACUUGAUUGGAUUCCACCUGUGGUAAAUUCAAUUGAUUGGACAUGAUUUGGAAAGGCACAAACCUGUCUAUAUAAGGUCCCACAGUUGACAGUGCAUAUCAGAGCAAAAACCAUGCCAUGAGGUUGAAAUAAUUUUCUAGAGAGCUCCGAGACAGGAUUGUGUCAAGGCAUAGAUCUGGGGAAGGGUACCAAACAAUUUCUGUAGCAUUGAAUGUCCCCAAGAACAGAGUGGCCUCCAUCAUUCUUAAAUUGAAGAGGUUUGGAACCCGAGUGGUGCAGCGGUCUAAGGCACUGCAUCUCCAUGCAAGAGGCGUCACUACAGUCCCUGGUUCGAAUCCAGGCUGAAUCACAUCUGGCAGUGUUUGGGAGUUCCAUAGGGCGGCGCACAAUUGGCCCAGUGUUGGCCGUCAUUGUAAAUGAGAAUUUGUUCUUAUCUGACUUGCCUAGUUAAAUAAAAUUCCUAGGGCCACCUGGCCAAACUGAUCAAUCAGGGGAGAAGGGCCUUGGUCAGAGAGGUGACCAAGAACCCGAUGGUCACUCUGACAGAGCUCCAGAGUUCCUCGGUGGAGAUAGGACAACCAUCUCUGCAGCACUCCACGAAUCAGGCCUCUAUGGUAGAGGGGCCAGACGGAAGCCACUCCUUAGUAAAAGGCACAUGAAAGCCUGCUUGGAGUUUACCUAAAGACUGACAGACCAUCGGAAACAAGAUUCUCUGGUCUGAUGAAACCAAGAUUGAACUCUUUGGCCUGAAUGUCAUGCGUCACGUCUGGUGUGGGGAUGUUUUUCAGCGGCAGGGACUGGGAGACUAGCCAGAUCGAGGGAAAGAUGAACGGAGCAAAGUACAGAGAUCAUUGAUGAAAAUCUGCUCCAGAGCGAUCAGGACCUCAGACUGGGGCGAAGGUUCAUCUUCCAACAGGACAACUACACUAAGCACACAGCCAAGACAACGCAGGAGUGGCUUCGGGACAAGUCUCUGAAUGUCCUUGAGUGGCCCAGCCAAAGCCUGGACUUGAACCCGAUCAAACAUCUCUGGAGAGAUCUGAAAAUAGCUGUGCAACGACGCACCCCACCCAACCUGACAGAGCUUGAGAGGAUCUGCAGAGAAGAAUGGGAGAAACUCCCCAAAUACACGUGUGCCAAGCUUGUAGCGUCAUACCCAAGAAGACUUGUGGCUGUAGUCACUGCAAAAGGUGCUUCAACAAAGUACUGAGUAAAGGGUCUGAAUACUUAUAUAUACAUUUCUAAAAAAACCUAUUUUUGCUUUGUCUUUAUGGGGUGUUGUGUGUAGAUUGAUCGGGGGGGGGGGGGACUAUUGAAUCUAUUGUAGAAUAAGGCUGUAACGUAACAAAAUGCGGAAGAAGUCAAGUGGUCUGAAAUACUUUCUGAAUGCGCUGUACAAAUUCUAAAAUGAAAAUCAAGCAGAAAGAAUCUUGAGGAAAAUUGCUGCCGGAGGAUCACUGUCCUCGGAUAGUGGUUUAAAAUGAGAAGUUAAAAUAUAUUUAUUUUUGCAAAGUCUACUCCAAAGGGCCUAUAUAUCUACUGUGGUGACUGAUUGAAACCGUAUACAGCCUAUCACCAUGUAUCUGAGAGGACAAAGUCAAUAUUUUAGACAUGUUUUACCUUCCUAUAUAUUCCAUUUGACAUUUUCAAUUAUGAGGUAAUAAUAUAGAACAAUCUGAUUUUAUCCUUAUAAUUACAAUUCUGAUCCCACCCCUGCCUUCAUAGCCUGGUCACACAUCUGUUUAUGCUGUCUUGCCAGCACCAAGUCUUAUGGGCCAAACCAGCACAAAUGGAUCUGGGACCAUCAGGCUAUGCCCUCUUCCUCUCCAAUGUCCGACGCUAUGUUCUCUGUUCUGAUACGUUGAUUGAAAAUAGCCUGUGUCACGCAGUAGCUGUUGUUAGCUAGCUAGUCAUGUUCCAAUUAAUAUUUGCAGCAUUGGCUCGCCUAUAGUCCUUAAAAGGCUGCUGUUGUGUAUUAUGAAUGUAUCAUGUGUAUAUAUUGGGCUCCCGAGUGGCACAGCGAUCUAAGGCACUGCAUUUCAGCGCUAGAGGCGUCACUGCAGACACCCUGGUUCGAAUCCAGGCUGUAUCACAACUGGCCGUGAUUGGGAGUCCCAUAGGACGGCGCACAAUUGGCCCAGUGUCGUCCGGGUUCGAUUUUGGCCAGGGUAGGCCGUCAUUGUAAAUAAGAAUUUGUUCUUAACUGACUUGCCUAGUUAAAUAAAAAUCAAUGCAUCUCUUAACUGUUAGGAGCUGUAGUUUUCUCUUGGGCAAUAUUUGCCCAUUCACUCCAGUGAGAGAAUCUCUGCUUGUGUCUAAAAUGGCACCCUAUUCCCUAUAUAUAGGUCCUGGUCAAAAGUAGUGCACUACAUAGGGAAUAAGAUGCCCUUCUCAGACGACCUCUGAACCUAGCCCAGGAAUGCCUGCCUGCCACUAUCUGAUACUCAAGUCAUUUAGGUUUAAUCGUCAAGCAACUCACUUAAAUGAAAUGUUGGUCUGAAGGGUGUGCAUGUGCAUUGACUGUCACGUUAUGGCAUUUUUUUGUUUUUGUUUUGUAAAUAAAAUAGUUUUGCACAAUA